AAGAAAAAUUCAAUAGAAAAACGACAAGGAAAGUGACAAAGAUUUGAAUUUAAUAUGUGAAAAAUACAGAAUAAUACCAACGUGGGUUUUUGAGAGUCAGAGAUGAAUUUUCAGCAUUCAAUGAGCUGUUUAGGAGGAGAAGCUUAAGAAUGGUGAGUGUUUUGUCUUGCUGCCAAGCUUGAUUCUGUCUAUUUCUCCUAAAUAAUUCCUUUUCAUGGUGAAGAAAUAGGUAAAGUGUUUUCUUCUAUCUUUCUCAAUUAUUCACAAAAUCUAGGGGAAAAUUAUUGAAAAAAACCCAAAAAAAAUAUGGCGGAAGAGAGUAGAGAGAGUCUGCUGAAGGAGACGAAGGUGUACUAUGAGAAUUGCCCAGGUUGUAAGCUGGACAAGUAUAAUGAGACACACCCUGGUUUACCAAUUAGAGGCCUCAUUUACGUAUGGAUUAUUGUUUUAACGAGUGCGCUGCCAAUAUCAUCUCUGUUUCCAUUCCUUUAUUUCAUGGUUAAAGACUUUCAUAUCGCAAAAAGAGAGGAAGAUAUUAGCUUCUAUAGUGGUUUUAUAGGCGCUGCAUUUAUGCUUGGCAGAGCUUGCACUUCUGUUUUCUGGGGGCUAGUGGCUGAUCGCUAUGGUCGAAAACCUGUCAUAAUAUUAGGGACUAUCGCAGUGGUUACUUUCAACACUCUUUUUGGCCUUAGUGUAAACUAUUGGAUGGCCAUUAUUACAAGGUUUCUUCUCGGAUGCUUGAAUGGAGUGCUUGGACCUAUAAAGGCGUAUGCAGUUGAGGUCUUCCGGACUGAAUACCAAGCUCUAGGCGUGUCAACUGUAAGUACAGCAAUUGGUAUAGGGUUGAUAGUUGGCCCAGCUAUUGGGGGCUACUUUGCUCAGCCUGCAGACAAGUUUCCAGAAAUCUUUUCAAAAAAUUCGUUGUUUGGAAGGUUCCCAUACUUCUUGCCUUGCUUAUGUAUAUCACUUAUGGCGUUUGGAGUAACUAUUGCCUCCAUAUGGCUUCCGGAAACGUUACACAAGCACAAUGAUUCCGUGGAAGCAUUGGAAACAACUGCUAAGAAAACAGACCAAAAAACUGAAGUGGAAAAAACACCUAAGAAAAACCUUCUUAGGAAUUGGCCCUUAAUGUCUUCAAUCCUUACUUACUGUGUUUUCUCACUUCAUAGCAUGGCAUAUACAGAGAUUUUCUCAUUAUGGGCCACAAGUCCUCGGAAACUUUGGGGGUUGAGUUAUACAAGUGAGGAUGUUGGUCAAAUUCUCACAAUCUCUGGUUGUAGUCUUUUUGUCUUCCAAAGUUUUCUAUAUCCAUAUAUAGAAAAGAUGAUCGGUGCCACAGUGGCUGCUCGUAUUUCAGGGGUUCUAACUAUACCUUUGUUGACAGCUUACCCCUAUAUAGCAAUGUUGUCAGGAUUCACUCUUUACUUCUUGUUAAAUGUGGCAUCUAUAAUAAAGAAUGUCUUAUCUACCGCCAUUAUAACUGGUUUGCUCCUCAUCCAAAGCAGAGCUGUGGAACAAAAUCAAAGAGGUGCUGCUAAUGGGAUUGCAAUGACUCUGAUGUCUUUGUUCAAAGCUGUUGGCCCAGCUGCAGGCGGUGCAAUUUUAUCGUGGUCACAAACACGUCUAGAUGCGUCUUUCCUUCCAGGCACCCACAUGGUUUUCUUCCUCCUGAAUGUAGUCGACGCUAUUGGAGUGCUGAUGACAUUCAAACCAUUUCUACCAACACCAUAGUAUGGAUCAGUAUAUAUAUAUAUAUAUAUAUAUGUAUAUGUAGUUGAAUAUAGAACUCCGUUUCAUGUGAAAAGCUCAAAGGAAGUCCGUCAAUAUUGAGAUUAUUGAAUCUUUGUUUGGACAUCACUGCCUGCAUUGUACUUUUCCAUAAUUUUGCUUCUUAGGAGGAAAAAGAAAAUCUCCCAUUCAAUUAUUCGAAUGGGAAAUUUUUUUUUUUAUUAUUUAUUUUAUUUUGUUUUGAAGUUGUAUUGAUUAUUAUUUUUUAUUUUUAUUUUUUGGUUUGAAGUUGUAUUGAUUA